CCAGCCCCUCCUUCAGUCGGAGUGCUGUUUUUGUUGUUGGUGAAAGGUGAGGGGAACAGCUGAUCCGUCUGUGGGGAGGGCAGGUAUUUCAAGGACAGCAUGGAAGAAUCAUCACUAAGUCGGGCACCCUCCAGAGGUGGAGUCAACUUUCUGAAUGUAGCCCGGACCUACAUUCCCAACACCAAGGUGGAAUGUCACUACACCCUCCCCCCAGGCACUAUGCCCAGUGCCAGUGACUGGAUUGGCAUCUUCAAGGUGGAGGCUGCCUGUGUUCGGGAUUACCACACAUUUGUGUGGUCUUCGGUGCCGGAAAGCACAACUGAUGGUUCCCCCACUCACGCCAGUGUCCAGUUCCAAGCCAGCUACCUGCCCAAACCAGGAGCCCAACUCUACCAGUUCCGGUACGUGAACCGUCAGGGCCGGGUAUGUGGGCAGAGCACCCCCUUCCAGUUCCGAGAGCCAAGACCCAUGGAUGAGCUGGUGACCUUGGAGGAAGGUGAUGGCGGCUCUGACAUCCUGCUGGUUGUCCCCAAGGCCACUGUGCUGCAGAACCAGCUGGAUGAGAGCCAGCAAGAACGGAAUGACCUGAUGCAGCUGAAGCUGCAGCUAGAGGAGCAGGUGACAGAGCUGAGGAGCCGAGUUCAGGAGCUGGAGACUGCUCUGGCGACCAUCAAGCGGGAUCAUGCAGAGCUCACAGAGCAAUACAAGGGACUUUCCCGGUCCCAUCGGGAGCUCACAGAAGAGAGGGACAUUCUGAGCCAGCAACAGGGAGACCAUGUGGCGCGUAUCCUGGAGUUAGAGGAUGACAUCCAGACCAUCAGUGAGAAAGUGCUGACGAAAGAGGUGGAGCUGGAUAGGGUUAGAGACUCAGUGAAGGCCCUAACUCGGGAACAGGAGAAACUGCUGGGGCAGCUGAAGGAAGUCCAAGCAGACAAGGAGCAAAACGAGGCUGAGCUCCAAAUGGUACAACAGGAGAACCACCGCUUAAACGUGCAGCUUCAGGAGGCCAAGGGCCGGCAGGAAGAGCAGGGUGCUCAGGCCCAGCGACUGAAGGACAAGGUGGCCCACAUGAAGGACACCCUAGGCCAGACCCAACAGAGAGUGGCUGAGCUGGAGCCCCUGAAGGAGCAACUUCGAGGAGCCCAGGAGCUUGCAGCCUCAAGCCAGCAAAAAGCUGCUCUUCUUGGAGAGGAGUUGGCCAGCGCAGCAGGAGCCAGGGACCGCACCAUAGCUGAGCUGCACCGUAGCCGCCUGGAAGUGGCUGAAGUCAACGGCAGGCUGGCUGAGCUCAGUCUGCACCUGAAAGAGGAAAAGUGCCAGUGGAGCAAAGAGCGGGCUGGGCUGCUGCAGAGUGUGGAGGCAGAGAAGGACAAGAUCCUGAAACUGAGUGCAGAGAUUCUUCGACUAGAGAAGGCAGUGCAGGAGGAGAGGAGCCAGACUCACGUGUUCAAGAGUGAGCUGGCCCGGGAAAAAGAUUCUAGCCUGGUGCAGUUGUCAGAGAGUAAGCGGGAGCUGACAGAGCUGCGGUCAGCCCUCCGUGUGCUCCAGAAAGAAAAGGAACAGUUGCAAGCAGAGAAGCAGGAGCUGCUAGAGUACAUGAGGAAGCUGGAGGCCCGCUUGGAGAAGGUGGCAGAUGAGAAGUGGAAUGAGGAUGCUGCCACAGAGGACGAGGAGGCCACUGCAGGGCUGAGCUGCCCCACAGCUCUGACAGACUCAGAGGAUGAGUCCCCAGAAGACAUGAGGCUCCCGCCGUAUGGCCUAUGUGAACGUGGAGAGCCAGGCUCCUCUCCUGCAGGGCCUCGAGAGGCUUCUCCUCUCGUUGUCAUCAGUCAGCCAAUGCCUAUUGCUCCCCACAUCUCAGGGCCAGUUGAGGACAGUAGCUCUGACUCGGAGGCUGAGGAUGAGAAAUCAGUCCUGAUGGCAGCUGUGCAGAGUGGGGGUGAGGAGGCCAACCUGCUGCUCCCUGAACUGGGCAAUGCCUUCUAUGACAUGGCAAGUGGCUUUGCAGUGGGCCCCCUGUCAGAGGCCAGCACUGGGGGUCCUGCCACCCCAUCAUGGAAAGAGUGUCCUAUUUGUAAAGAGCGCUUCCCUGCUGAGAGUGACAAGGAUGCCCUGGAGGACCACAUGGAUGGACACUUCUUUUUCAGCACCCAGGACCCUUUCACCUUUGAGUGAUCUCAUCCCUCCCUAGUACACUUCCAUGCACAUACACUCACUCACGCACAAACAAAUGCACUUCGGUCUCAUGUCUAUCUUCCAUCACACUUGGCUCCAUGAUAUUCUGUUCCCUAAGAACCACUCCUGUGUGCCCUGUUUACAUCCCAAGCUUUCUAACUUCAUCUCCUCCUACCUAGCUCUUUUGUCCCAGGCAGGGGUCCUUCUUGGAAGCAGUGGCUGAAUUUACCCCCUGAAAACAGUUUUGAAGUAUCCAGGAUGGAGGAGACCUUCCUCUGUGGGAAUAGAAUCAUCCACUACUAGCCCUGGUUGCUUUGUAUACACAGCCACCACAUGCACUCAUGUACACACACACUCAGACACACACUCCCCUCUCCGAUGCCCCAAAGCCAAUUCCUAGGGCACCUCACCCUCUCUUAUUUGGGGUUUGUUUACCUGAAUUUUCUCUGGGACCUGAGACAUGGACAUCAUGACCUCUUCAGGUCUCUCUCAGUUCUCAGUUUCACUGUUUCCUCUUUUUGUUCCCCUGUUGCCUUCCACAGCCCACCCCAGACCUUUCCAUAGCCUUUAGAUACUAAGUUUGGCAGUUUCUUCUAUAUUUUUAAGGAUUCCUGUACUCUGUCUCCUGGCCCUUUCUGCCACCCCACAUCAACAUAUUCUCAUAUGGAAAGAAAUAAUGUAUUUGUGCCUUCUGUGAGGGAUGGGGGGAUAAGUGAUCCCAGGUGUCCUCAUUUCCCAGCCCCUUCCCCCCUCUCAAGGUUCCCCACAGCAAUAAGAACUUCUACACACACACACACACACACACACACACACACACACAUCCUCCCUUC